AUGGGUAACAGAGCAUUCAAAGCACACAACGGUCACUACUUAAGCGCUGAACACGAUCACGUCAAGACCCACCACGGUCAUCACGAUCAUCACACUCACUUCCAUAUCGAAAACCACGGAAGCAAAGUUGCCUUAAGAACCCAUUGCGGUAAAUACGUUUCAAUUGGUGACCAUAAACAAGUUUACCUCUCACACCACUUACACGGUGACCACUCACUCUUCCACUUAGAACACCACCACGGUAAAGUCUCAAUCAAAGGUCAUCACCACCACUACAUCUCUGUUGACGGUCACGGUCAUGUCUCUACCUCCCAUCACCACGAUCAUCAUGCUACUUUCGAAGAACACAUCUUAUAA